AGAAUGAUUGCGUCCACAAAAGCUCCAUCGAAGAAGAAGAAAAGAGUCUUGCGACCCGUUGAGGGUACGAGAGGGUCAGCUAGUGGUAGCUAGCUAGCUGACCAUGGUGAUGUUUGCUGCCGCAGCAGCACCGUGGAGUCAGAAGAAGAAGAAGCAGCAGCAAGUGGACGGUCAAACGAAGAAUCGUUAUUCCAGUUCGGCCAAAAAGGAGUUGCUGGCCGCAAAGUUGGAAGGGACACCCACGAAGAGCCGCCACGACGAUGGAUGUCGCCAAAGCAUCAUGUCCGAUGUGACGGCGACAACAGUGGCUUCUGAUUCGUUACGGUCGUCUUCUCUGCACGACGCAUCGUCGCAGAGAGAUUCCAUCUUUAGCAGCGGUGGUACGACGAGUAGUGGAAGCUUUGAUUCAGAACAUACUCAUCUGCCCAAUAAGACGAAUCUACUAGCAUCCUUUGAACGGAGAAACAACAACGACAACAAUAAUUCUUCUGAUGCGGAUAUCUUUGAUCGCUUGCAUCACAACCAGAAACGCUGCCAUCGUCUGUGGAAAGAUCCAUCCGAAACAGGUUCCCACGCUUCUUCUUCGACUCGCAGCGAGCGACUGCACGAGUAUGAAAGGGACGUCACCCGGCAAGGACUCAGAGGAGAACGCAACAGCACCCCGCGUCGUACGGACAACGGUAGGAGUGUCUCGACCGACCCCGCCGCGAAGUACAGGGAGAGAAGAGUGGGAGACGCCGAAAACUCUCGGUCUCCUCUGGCACCAAAAUCUCCACCGAGAUCUGUUCGAAGAGAGACGCUGGAUAAUGCAUCAGGUUAUUCGUCGUACUUUGAUCACCUGUAUCAGCGUGCGGAACCUGUGUUGAAAAACAAUUCUACGGUGGCUUCCAGCGCAGGGAGGCAGUUUGGCUCUCAUUAUCAUGUGCAACCCUUGCCCAUGUUGGAACCAUUGCCGCCCCAUAUGAUGACCCGUGCGAGCUCCAAUCCGGAAGCGCUGUCCUUACGACCGAGACCGCAACGCAUGGAUUUGCCCGCCAGAACCAGCCAAGUGGUACGGAACUCGACAUGGCAAGAAUUACAACACCAGCACGAGGACUUGCUCUCCAGUAGUACUACUAGCUCGAAAAAGCAGGAUGAAGAGGAGAUUGGGAGUUCUUCUCGUCGCGGCAGGGAGAGUCAGCGGAUUGUCACAGCACUGAGAACAUCCAGAGGCGCUCGUUCCAUGAGUCCCAAGCGAACCAUCAUCAGUGCUCCUGCUGCGACGACACGUCGACGCAAGAAGGCCGGUAAACGUGAUCAAGGAGCGCCACCUUCGAGGCAUGCUAGUAGGUCGCUGAGCCCCACCAGGGCUAGCAAUCCACCAUUAUGUGUUCAUUCAACGUUUGAACGAUUGUAUCUCAACGAAAAGCGACCGGAAAAACUUUGGAAGGAACCAGCCAGAUUUGAUGGGUCCAAGAGUCCAGCAUACAGAGCAACGUCAAGUAGCAGCAGAAAAGACGAACCUGUGCCGGCCAUUUUUGAUCGGCUUUAUCACAAUGAGAAGCGUGCGGAACCCCUGUGGCAUCCACCACCAGAGCCAGCAUCACUGCGUGUGAAACUGCAACCUGGUGGUGGUCGCCAUCACCCGCCAACGUCUCCCUCAUCUGCCAUGGGCUCUUGUGGAGGCUGGGAGGAUCUCAGUUCUGUGAAAAGUCACGGUUCUCAUAAUAGCAGCUCGAAGAAACGCCUUUGGAUGCCUCCGCGAAAGCCGAAACACUCUUCUCAUGCUUAUCCAGUGCCCUACUGUUCUCCAAUUUCUUCCGCCAAGGCCACAGUGUCCCUGGCACCGUCGUCGCCCUCAUCGUCGCACUUGGCACGUUGUAAAGCAUGUAUGGAACGUGCUCUUAUGCCCGCGCCCAAGAAACAUGCCUUUUUGAAGUCCCAUUCAAGGUCCCCUCGGCCAAAGGUCUAUGAACCCCCAGUUUCCAUUUUAUCACUGCCAAGCACAGUCAUGGCAGGUGCGGGGACGCACUUGACGACGCCGAAAGGUUCGCGGGCGGUAACAUUACCAGAUAUGACGUUGGUGACCCCGCAAGCCUCACAAGAAGAAGCAACUCCAGCGAGCUAUCCACACCGGUCUGUGAAGACGAAUGAUUUGGCAUCUUCGUCGUUUCAACAGCGAUCGUGUGAGGGUGACGCCCCUUCUGGUCUUGUGUCAGCAGUUGAUGCUGCUGCAUUCGAUACACGCAACAAACUCCUAGACCGCAAAUCCCGAUCGUUGAGUCCGUCCAAUCGGAAGGCCAGCGCUCCUUGUAUGCAACAAGGUCACGAGGAAGUUCAGGACAUGGCCUGCAUCUUGGAUGACUCCGAAGUGGAAGGGAAGCGGAAAGAUGUUCCAGCGGUUGUUUCUACAGCAGAUGUGCCUGCGUCAUCAAGACCACGAAGAGUUGACUGCGACGAUUCCGUUCCCAAUGUCAACCAGAAAGAGCGGGCAGAGGAUGACAGCGUGCAACGCGCCGAUCAAUCAACCGUCGAGGAAUGGCAAGGACAAGGACACGAUGAACAAAAGGAGAACUUGGAUGCAUUGGAACAGAGCAAAGCUUCAACAAUGGCCGAGAGUGACCGCAAUUCUGCGACCGUUGGCGCAAAGAAAGGCGAUCCAGGAGCUAUUGAAUCAAGCGUCCCGCAAUUAUGCACAGCCAGUGAAAUUGCUGCGGAUUGCAUUCUGCCGACCAAUGUAAAAUCCUUUGUGGAUGUGGAGGACGAUAACGAGUCAACAAAAUCAUCAACAGACGGCCGCGGAUCUGCUGCUCGUGAUUGUGUAACGGACAAAUCUUUUGCAGGGAUCUCCGCCACAGACACCUCUGCCAAGGAGCAAGAGACAGAAUUUUCUUCCGUCUCCACUCCGGAACUGAGCUCUGCCGUGGAUGAGUCUGUCUGCGUGACGGGUGUGCAAAUGUCAAAUCCAGCUGUCGAUUUGGUGAAGCAGAUCGGUGCCGAGAGUCUUGGGCACAGUGUGGACUCCAACAAGAAAGAACACAGCCCCACCCGGGAUGAAGCCGAGAGCCGUGUGGUUUCCACAGACAAGUCAAGAAGGCAGCUGGAUGCUGCCCCAAGUUCGGCUGUGUCGAACGCCGCAAAGCGUGUCGGUGCACACAUUGUGCGCCCGCAGCGAGGAAAUCUUCUUGCAGCAUCGGUUGUUGGCCAGUACCUGGAGGAGAAGAUCCCAGAAAUCAAGGAAGCAAUAUCCGUGUAUGCUUCCAGGAGCACCGAUGACGAAGACAUGAUUGACCCUGACGAGGUUGUGCCAACCAAACUAUCGUCCCUCGCCUACGAUUGGUGGACUGUGUCCAUUCAUUCAUCUCAGUGUCAUACAGCAAGUGAUGCGGAGAGUGUUGUCGUCUCUCCGCCAAGAACCAACAACUACUCGUUCUUGUUCCCAAAGCCGCCAACGACGGCAUGCAUCGGGUGGUUGUUUCUUAAGCCGUCACAUCAUGAUGCCUGAUGCCGUGUGGAUAUAUGUUAGUCGAAACCAAGAUCACCAUUUCUGUUCACCACCCUAAGAUGACGAGCAUCUUUAUUGCAGGGAUUUGAGAUAUUUUUGUAGGUGCAGCUGGCGAUGUGAUCUCUAGUUAGUUUGUAAGAGCAAAGUGAGAAACUACUAAAAGAAUUAGCUUCGUGGUUCUUCCGCCUUACAGUCCAAUGUUCACUACGUGG